GUCACUUUUGGAUGAACAAAUUAUUAUCUCCACCCGCCCUCCCACACACGCACUACUGUGCAUUCAAAUUUCUUUUCUUUCUUCUUUCCUCGGCCCUUUAUUAACAUCACUAUGCCCCCCGUUUCCUCCAUUGCUCCGUCUCGCGUGACGAUAUCUCUCUGAGACCUUUCGUUUUCUCGAGUCAAUGUCAUGCGCACGAGGAUAUGUCGUGGCCCAAAAACGAGGGCGAGUCCCCAUACGCUGCGACCGAGGCCAUGAUAGACGCAAUUAUACGAGAAGAAGAUUUAUACAAGAUACUCGGCGCAUCACGUACCAGCAGUCCGUCUGAUCUCCGCCGAUGUUACCUGGAGCGCUCGAAACUAUGCCACCCAGAUAAAAAUCCCACGCAUCCAAGUUCCACCAGCGCCUUUCAACGCCUCGCGUUCGCAUUCGAGAUUCUAAAAUCCCCAUCGGCACGGCGCACCUAUGACCUCGCUUCCACGCCGCCUCCCCGCUCUUUGCGCACCUCCAACAACACCACAACCUCUACCCCUUCUUCGGAGCACCCUACCAGUCGCCAGGGUCCUUUUCUCUUCACCAACCCCGAUAAUCCCAAUGGCAACGAAGACCAAACGUUUCGGCGGGCCGUGGAGGCGGUCCUCCACGAAUUCAUCACGGGCGACUUCACUCUUGUGCGGCGGUCUCUUGAACGGCUCAAUCGACGCUACCCGCACCUAAUCAGCGAAGAGGUCGUACUCACCGUAGAACGCAGCUUUGUGCGGAUUCGCGAGCUGGUUCUCACGACCCGGACGUAUGCGCUGCUCGUAUACAUUGAGCUCGGACGCAUUCACCGCGUACAGAAACGGCUCAUGGGACUCGGAUACUUCGAUGUCCUUGGCCGCGUAAGACUGACUGUCCAUCUGGUCCGGGUCACCCUUGCAGUUCCCAUGCGCGUUGAUCGCGCCCUCAAAGCAAAAGAAGAAAAAGACUGGCGGGCUAAAACUGCAGGCCUCCAAGCCGCGGGCCUGCCUUUACCAGACGAAACACGUCGCGCCGCAGGAAUUCUAAAUGAACGAAUGAGUAAAGUUUUGGAAUUCAUAGUCGGAGAAGCCGGCCGUGACGAAGGAGCAGACGAAGCGUGGGAUGCCCGAAUGCGCCGCGAGAGUGAAAAUGCCACCAAAAAGGGUUGAAUGCCCAGUCUGAACGGCGCCUCGACCGCGUCAUAAAAUCCGCUGCAGUCCCUUUCCCUCUAUAUCCUGCUUCUUCAUAGGCAUAUGCAUACCACACAAUAUUUGCAUAUUCCGACAUCUCAGAUCUGUCGCGUUCGAUUCGCACAUCAACAUCUACCUACACCCUCUCUGUCCACGCUGCACAACUUCCUUCAUGGAAGCUCACAUUAUAUCCACUUCUCCCACAUCUAUUCUUUCCACUACGACUAGCAUCGCCUCACAUAUACAGUAU